UGAGGAAUGCUUGUCUUAAAGCAUCUCCAGUAUGAAGUUCCUUGUUAGCCAAUUGGCGACUUCAAGGUAUUGUCUUUGCAACGUGUACACCAGAUAUGGGAAAUGCUACACUUUUAAUGGCAACAGGACGACAUCCAGGAAAAGCAAGCAGGGUGGAAUGGGAAAUGGGUUGGAGAUCAUGUUGGAUAUCCAGCAGGAUGAGUAUCUGCCCAUCUGGAGAGAAACAAACGAGACGUCCCUGGAGGCCGGCAUCCGGGUCCAGAUCCACAGUCAGGACGAGCCCCCCUACAUCCACCAGCUGGGCUUUGGCGUCUCUCCGGGCUUCCAGACCUUUGUUUCAUGUCAGGAGCAGAGGCUGACCUACCUGCCCCAACCCUGGGGGAACUGCCGCUCCACCAGCAAAGAGAAGUUCCCGGGAUACGACACGUACAGCAUCAGCGCCUGCCGCCUGCUUUGCGAGACCAACGAGGUGCUGCGCGUGUGCGGCUGCAGGAUGGUGCACAUGCCCGGAACUGCUGAUAUCUGCCCUCCCAGUAAAAUCAACUGUGUUGACAAAGCACUCGCACAGCUACAGAAGAACACUGGGGAUACCUGUCCAUGCGAGACGCCUUGUAAUCUCACGCGCUACGGUAAAGAGCUCUCCAUGGUGAAAAUCCCCAGCAAAGGCUCUGCUCGCUAUCUCUCCAGGAAAUACGACAAGUCAGAGGACUACAUCAGAGACAACUUCUUGGUCUUAGAUAUCUUCUUUGAAGCUCUGAACUAUGAAACAAUUGAGCAAAAGAAAGCCUACGAUGUUGCGGGUUUAUUAGGGGACAUUGGUGGACAGAUGGGCUUAUUCAUUGGAGCCAGCAUCCUGUCAAUCCUAGAAAUACUGGAUUAUGUCUAUGAGGCUGCCGAAAGUAAUUUCCUUUCAGGUCUGUGCCGAGGACGUCAUACUAACCCAGAUCAUAAAAUGAACGCCGUCCUCAGCUGUCUCCCCUUUAAGCUUCCAGCCGGCUACCUGCUGACUGCCACACAUGUGAUCAAGCAACGGCUACAACGUCUGCUGAGGCCGCAGAAAGAGCAGAAGAAGAGCAAGCAGCAGCCCAGCACUGUUGCAACAGUGGGCCUCGAGGAGAUGAAAGCAAAGGAGCCCAAUGACAUGACACGGAGUCACCCAGAGGGGGCGUACGCCAACACCGUCCUCCCCAACCACCACCAUCCGCACCCUCACCACCAUCGCCCCGGGCACCAUGGGGUGUUUGAGGACUUCGCCUGCUAGAGCCAACCGACGUCCCCUGUCCUGGUGACACCAAAAGAUAAAAGCUGUCUGUGUUCAGAUCAAUUACAGAGCCUUGACGUUUGCGUCGCUCCUUUGCUGUCACCAGUGAAAAGCUACAGCCAAAGUCGAACACCAAACUCGUGCUGCUAACAAAGCACUUGUACGUACAGUAUUUAGGCACAAAUUGGACACCGCUUUUCAUUUUUCUCUCUGGACCCCUCUCAUCUUCGUCCAGCUUCACGCGAACAUGUGUUUUCAGGACUGGUUUUCGGUACAUGAUCACAAAGAACGACAGGAGGACCGCAUGUCAACUUGAUCCAGUUUAUACUCCGAUUAUUUAUUUAUCAAGCUCAGAUUUAUUUUGUUUGUAUCCUCUCCUCCAUCUAUUCCUUCAUGGAAAACACUCUGUACCAUGACAUGUCGUUACACAUUAUGUAAUUAUUUAAAGAGAUACUAUUAUCUACUGUAUAUGUUCUAUAUUGUAUACAAGAUGAGAAUACUUACAGUAAUCUCACUCAUGCUACAUCCAUCAGAGAUACAAGGGGGGUUAUUUAGGCUAUACUGUAUGACCUUGGCUUAGAAGAUCUAGCAGCAUCUUUGAUAAACUGUCUGCUCUGUGGUUAAGGUGUUAGAGUAGCAUUGUACCUGUACAUAAAACUUUAAAAGGAGAAAGUUAUAAAGUUCUGUUUCAAUGGUUGUUGUUUAUCUUCAGUUAAUAUAUAACUUAUGUAAUAUGAAUUUGAGUUAUUUAUACAUUUUAGAGAAGACUUUUAUACAACAAUAACGAUCACGAUUGUAGCAUUUACUGUACACUUUACGAUCUGCAGAUAUGUCAGACUGCCAAACAUCAAUACAUGUGUCCAGCUGACACACAUGGACUGUAUGGAUUGUGACUAUUAUCUACAUCUUUUCCUUUUAUGCUUUUUUUCAACACUCAAAACCUGAUUGAGAGUUGAAUGAUGUUUUCAGUUAUGACAUGGUUUUACUUCUUCUUAUUCAAAUCAUUUCUGCCCACCAUCCACUCUCCACUUUGGUUAGCAUCAUAACUUUAAGCUGACAUAAGCAAUAAGAAACAGAAUUUUAUUUUUUGCCGAGUCAUCUCCGUCAGCUUGUGAGCCAGUACCACUGUAAAAGUGUAGCAGCCAUUUACAGUUCAGACCCAGUGUGACUGUGUGUGUGCGUGCGUGCGUGCGUGCGUGUGUGUGUGUGUGUGUUUGUUUGUUUGCAUGUACACUUUAACAUUUUUCACACAUGACUGAGCACAUAGAGCUGAGCUGAUGCGUGGGGCGAAAAAGUAAAAUUGGAAUAGUUAGAAAGAAAGUAGGGAGUUUUAUUGCAGUGUGGCCGUUUUUAUUGAUUAAAUGUAGGGUAAGGACGGCUCAGAGUUUAAUUAAAAAAAUUGCUCUGGAAAGCUGAAAUAUUCUUACUGGGAUGCUUAAUCCUCAAUGGGCGGGACAAAGACACAAAAGAGCACAAGAUGGCCGAGUGGGAAUGAAAAAUAAAAAUAGAGACUUAUCUAUUCAUCCAUAAUAAUGUUUGUCUGCAUCAUUGAAGGUCAACUUGCUCUCUUAUCCUUAUGCACUGCAGGAACUUAACAACCUGUAACAUCUGGAUUCAUAUAAUCUGGAAGUUUAAGCCUUCUUUCUCGCAUUACAAUUUAUAAAUGUAUACGUAUUACACUGUAACAGUGAUACUAACUUCACCAUAGAAGUGGGACAGACAACAAUGGAAAUAGUUGAGAAAUUAUUGAUUAUGUUGCACAUGCAUGCUAGCUCCAGGGCACUGCUGUUGAUGGUGGUGAGAAAGGGGUCCAGCUCUUUGAUCCACAUUUUAGUUUUUCAUCCGUUUGAUUUUUUGUCAGCACUGUUCUACUGUGUGUCGUCUCUUCUUCUCCUUAAUGGUUCCUUUAACCGGACGUCUUUGUUAACCUUGCAACCUUUUUUUAUUUUUUUGGUUGUCCUGCUCAAUAUACAUGCAGUUGUGAAACGGCAGUGGCUUUUGUUAUGUUUGUUGUAAUAGUUUUUGUUGUGCUGUGACGACACAUCUGCUUGGUUGAUCACUCUCGGUAUCAGAAUGUUUUAAAUAAGGAGGCACACAGGGACCAGGAGCUAGUCAGAUGGGGGUCCAUGGGAAAUAAGAACAUUCUAUUAGAAAUAAAUACAGCAUUGACAAUUUACUUCGAAAACAUUUGGUUCAAAUGUGUGGCCCUUGAACAGUGCAGUGUGCCCUAACACAGGUGGUAUUACACUUCACCAGACCCUACAUUGCCCCUGCCACCCCAGCCCAAUGGCAUUAGUGGCUAGUGGUUGACAACAUUAAAAGAAUGACAGAAGCUACAUGUUAAGUUAUGUUAAGUUCCUGUAGUAGAAAACGGCUUUGGAUCUAAUUAACUACGGAUAGUACUUGUGUUUUUAUAAGAAUAGGCACACUUGCAUCAUUUUUUGCAAGUAUUAGUUUAGCUUUGUUUUCCUCUUUAAUGAAAGAAGCAUUCAGAAAUGACGAAAUGGAAGACAUGCAGUCUUUUUUUUAUUAACUCACCCACAGAAUAUUAGACGCUUUGUUUUAUUAGUGUGUCGUAAUUCAUCUUCUAUAUUUGAAAAUUCACAUUGUGUUGUAUUACAGGAAAUGAUGUGCUUACUAAUAACUAGACAAUUGUUUUUGUCUGGGAGGAGAUGUUGAUCAUGUUUCCCUCAUGGCAACUGUUCAUGCAUUAGUUUUGGCUUCAAAACAGACAUUUCAUCCUGUUUUGCUGCCCUUUGUAAACAAAUUGUGUUGCUACAUAUGACUACAGCAUAACCCUAAACUGCACAAAUCAAGCCUGCUUAAAGACAGGCCUUUGACAAUCCACUCUGUAUGUAAUUCAUAACAAUUGUCUGGCAAUGUAUAAAAUACUUAACAUCA